GUCGAGAGGUAGACGGCAACGUUAAACAGGAAGUGGGCGGGUUAAAGCGGCUUCGAGAAUGGCGGAUAAAGAGAAGAAAAAGAAGGAAAGUAUAUUUGAUUUGUCGAAAUACAUCGACAAACAUAUCAGAGUAAAGUUCCAAGGAGGUCGUGAAGCUAGUGGUGUUUUAAAAGGCUUUGACCCACUGUUAAAUCUUGUGUUGGAUGGCACCAUUGAAUACAUGCGAGACCCUGAUGACCAGUAUAAGUUGACAGAAGACACCAGGCAGCUUGGUCUGGUUGUGUGUCGAGGGACGUCUGUUGUGCUUAUCUGUCCACAGGAUGGGAUGGAAGCCAUUCCAAACCCAUUCAUUCAACAGCAGGAUGGAUAAAAUACACAUGAAUGCACAAAAACACCCCAAAACAAACAGACACAAUGUUGUUUUCCUGCAUUGUGUAGAUGUUAUUUUGUUAGGUCUGAAAUAAUGGAUAGUGAUGUCACACUGAUUACAUUUUUUUUACAUUUUGUAUUUAGACUCGGGAUUAAUGUUUUUGUUAGUAUUGUUUCUGCGAUUUAUGUGUAUGUAGAUUAUGGUGAAAUAUGUGACAUGUUUACUGUAUAUGAAAAUGGGCACAUACUGUUCCCCUGGUUCUGAAGUUAAUUUGGACAUUAAUAAACAUCUGGGAUUUCA